CAUGACCGCCGCAGACUGCACCGACACCGACCGUAUACCUUUAUUCUGGCGAUUAUAAAUAAGGCUGGGCUCUUGCAGCGUUGUGUCACGUGGUCUGUGUUUGCAUUUCCUGGCGGUAGAUUUCGAGUUGAGAGUUCAGUUGUUAGCAUAGACCGAAAUAUAAAGGUUGUCAGCGGGUCAGCUUUGUUGUUCUAACAUUACACUUCGAGAAUUCGGCCACAAUGGACGUCUGUAAACAGCUGGAAUGUGUUUCACAAGAUAAGGAACCUGGAGCAUUUAGUGGCUGCUCACCUGCCACCAUCCCAGACACUCUAACAGCUAUCGAUUUAGUGAGGAUGAAAGAGACCAUCUCAAACCAAUGUUUUGAAAUGACGGUGCAGGCCAACUUGGGCAGUAAUAAAAGACUGGUUGGUGAUGAUGCAGAUGUAUCAAUGUAUGAGGAGGGACUGGAAAAAGAAAGAACACAACUCUUCAACCAAACACUGGCUUUGAACAGGAUGCAAGUCUGGAACAGCAUCUCUGCCAAGCUAAUCCAGAAUGAUGAAAGUUCAGAGGAAAUUAAGAUGUUGGCUCAACACAGUGUAAGCCGAUUUGCAAGAAUACGAAAACUUCAACAGGAGUCCCGUGAACUUCAGGACCAAAUCAUAGACCUACAGAAAGAGAGGCUUGACCUGAAAGUGCUGAUAAAGAAGAAGAUGCAAGAGAUGGAUGAGCUUCAGAAGAUGAAGGAGAAUCAGGGUGAGGUGGAGAGGCGCACCAUGGAGAAAGCUGACACAGUCAUGGAGAAACAUCAGAAGGUCAUCGCCGUGUCACAGAACAUUUUAAGGGGAAUAAUCCUUGCCACCAGGGUGAAUUGGAUGGAUAAUCCAAAAUUGAGAGACAUUGCAAUGGGGUUGGAGAGCAUUCCAAAUUGAGGAAAUAAGUGGAUACCCAUAGAAGACAUAACAAAAAUAUGUUGUGUGUGUGCAUAUUUAUACAUAUUGUAAUAUUCUUAGUAUAAGUGACAUGGUAAAAAUAAUUUCAAUUGUAUGUGUAUGUAUGUAAAUAGUUUUUUUUUUUUUUUUUUCAACAUUUUAGUGAGGUUGUAAAAAUCCACAUCACUGGCACAACAUCUGUUGUAUCAUUACAUGGCAUAUUUCCAUAAACAAACAUAUAUAUUUUUUAGUUAUUGUAACCUUUUCUUCCCCUCACACAUCCACAAUGUCAAAUAAAGAAGGCUAAGUUUUCAUGCACUCUAUUAGAAACAUUUGUACAUUUGCUGCAAUAUGAAGCCCACCAAAUCAUAACAUUUAGCAUAAUUUACCAAAAACAAUGCAUCGAAAAUGUCAAAUGUCUUUGUUCCUGCAAGCGCGUACCUUUUUCUUUCUUUUCUUUU